AAGAUCAAUCUAUCCUAUAUUUACAGUCAUUUAAAUCUCUCCAUCCAGACAAUGAAGAUAUAUAUACUUCUCUUCUGUAUUCAGCUUUCCAGAUCUUUAAACUUUGUGUCUGAUGAUUGUAAGAAACAAGGCGAGGCUUGUUCUUCUCCAACUGCAAGAACACGAAUGAGUGAUGAAUGCUGCCAGCACCUGAACCUGGUCUGUCUCGAGGUGGACCCGGAUCUCCCCGACCUUGAUACAGAAGAUCGUGAAGCACAAACAUUUCUCUCCUCAGCAGCACGUGAUCUUGCUCUGAACGGUAUUCCAAAUAAAAUAGAAGUAUUCCUGGAUAAUCAGGAACGAAUAUUUCAGUUAGGAUAUCAGAGGAAGAAGGACCUAAAUAGAGAGUGCGCAGUCGCAAAUUAAGUGCAUUUAUUGUAAUCUUUUUUAAAGAAUAUAGUAUAAAAGUAUUUAUAAUAAAGUUGUAAAUAAUCUUGUU